GUCACUUGACUAUUGGAAAGAAGAAUAUAUCAUUUGCAGUGUUCCUCUUAUCUCUCACCUAAGUGAAACUUUGAAGCUAAAUUAAAGAAAGUCCUCUUUCUCCAAUGGAGAGUUCCUUCUGGGAGACAUGCCUUCCUUAUCUGGAAAUAGGUGACGAUGAACAACUUGUCUGCCAUCAAAGUGAUCAACAACAGAGUUUCCCUGUUUUCUGUCAUCAGCCAAGCACUUCAGUGCAGAACCUUCAUGACUUAAUAACCUUCUCUCCUAUCACAUUCAAUAAUCUUGUGUCGUUUGAUGACUACGAUGUUGGAAGUGUACCAAGUACUGUGCAAAAAGCUUGUACGAAACAAGAAUCUGGUCGUGAUUCGGUGAAUCAGUUUGGGAGUAGAAUUAGCAGGAACCGAGGAACAAGGAAGGGUAGGAACUCCAAAACUGGGACAUUGGAUCACGUUAUUGCUGAGAGAAACCGAAGACAUGAAUUGGCUGAGAAAUUUCUUGCUCUUUCAGCUACAAUUCCUGGCUUGAAAAAGAUGCGUGACGAAUAUGGCAUGACAGUGGAUGAUCUAGUGAAGAACUUGAGACGAGAUCUGUUCAAGUUACGUGAGGAUGCAUGGGCUUGAUCUUGAAAAAAGUUCUAAAGAUUUUCAUGGUCAUAUGAUGAAUAAGUUGCAAGUUUUAGUGAUAUAUGGCUAAGAGGGAAUUGAACUAUUCUGAGUAUAUUAUUCAUAGUGUUGGUGUAUGUCCAAUCCCAUUGGGAGAGAAUAAAGUGAUUGA